GAUAGCGCCUAGGGGAUGUGGAUGAACAUCAACCCACUUGACAGUUCGACCGCAGCGACGAUGCCAAAUGGCCAGAAGGCACGGAAGAAAGGGAACCUGCUGCUGGGCUUGCUCGGGCUGCUCGGCUUUGUGGUCCUCUCCUUGGAUGCAGUGAGCGGGAAGCGCUGCAAGGUGCCGUACGAGAAGGUGCAGGAGAAGUACUGCUACUUCAUAGCCGAUGAGGAGCCUCUGCACACUUCGUUCCACAACUUCUGCUACCAGGAGAAGAAGACCUCGCGCGUCUGCCUAGACAGCGAGGAGGAGAUGCGCAUCCUGGCGCGGCACCUCUACGAGAUCGGCUUCCAGAACGGCACACAGUUCUGGAGCGCCGGCCAUCGUUGGCCCGGCGAUAUGCGCUUCUACUGGAACUACUUCGGCCGCGCUCGGGCUCUUAACUACUCGAACUGGGCACCGGACGAACCCACUCCCCGAAUGGGACGCAACUGUCUGAUUCUCACACUGCGCGCCGGCGAGCUGUUCAUGAGCAGCGAGUCGUGCUACACCCGAGCCGUCGAUAUCUGCGAGCAGACACUCAACAGCGAAAGCGACUCCCGAACUGUAAUUCACUGAAAUGAUUUGUGUUUGGGAAUGCUCUUUUGCUAGGGCAGAAAUUAAAUGAGGCAUAAAAUAUUGCAAAUUAUUAAA